AUGGAUUAUUCACAUUUAUUCACAAAGACUAAACUUCAAAAGUUGAUUGCGGAAUGGCUUGAGGAGGACAUCCCAUCGUUUGAUUAUGGUGGUGCUGUAGUUGGUGAUAAGCCAGAGGUUGCUCAUCUGUUGGGUAAACAACAAGGUGUAUUCUCAGGUACACCAUUCCUCAAUGAGAUCUUCACAAUGCUAGACUGUCAAGUUGAAUGGCGUAUAAAGGAUGGACAAGAGUUCGCACCGGUCGAUGGAAAGCCAAUAGUGUUGGCAGUUGUCAAGGGAUCAGCUAGGAAUAUAUUGAUGGGCGAGAGAUUGGCCUUGAACAUCUUGUGUAGAUCAUGUGGCAUUACAACUCGUUCGGCCCAGAUGCGUAAGAUUGUCGACGCCGUCAACUGGAAGGGAAAGGUCGCUGGUACACGCAAGACCACACCAGGCUUCCGUCUGGUCGAGAAGUAUGCCAUGCUGGUGGGUGGCUGCGAUGCACACCGCAUGGACCUGUCGUCGAUGAUCAUGCUCAAGGACAACCACGUGUGGAUCGCCGGCAACAUUGGCGCAGCGAUCAGCAAGGCCAAGUCGGUGGGCGGCUUCUCUCUCAAGGUGGAGGUCGAGUGCCGUACCGAGCAAGAGGCCAUCGAGGCCAUGGACGCCGGCGCUGACGUCAUCAUGCUGGACAACAUGAAGCCUCCACAACUGGCCAUCACAUCGGCCAGUCUGAAAAAGCGCUAUCCACACAUCAUCAUCGAGGCCAGUGGUGGCGUCGUGCCAGAGACCCUCGCCUCAUACGCCCUCGACACUGUUGACAUUGUCUCAAUGUCCACUCUCUGCCAAGGUGUUCCUCACAUCGACCUCAGUCUGAAGAUCCAGAAGUAA